UUCAGUGCUGGCAUGCCAGUUCGCUGCAAAACAUUCUCUCGCUGUGGAUUUUCUUGUUAUUCGCAUAAAAUAGGCAAAAAUUCAGCGUAUUAGGCAUUAAAGUAGUGUAAAAUAGUCGAAUGGCACAGUUUUUAAAGCAGGGCAACAGUGCUCUUCAGGGCGUGAAGAAGUUUGGCAGAUUUGAUACCGGUCUGGGCAAAAGACUCCCGGAGGCGUACAGGAAGUUCUGGCGCGAGUGGAGGGAAACGACACCCACUGCCGUUCACUACAUCCCGAAGGAGGGCAAAUUCGAGCGGAAUGAGCGCACAGGAGUCGUGACGCCUGUCCAGAAUCUGCCACUGCCCGCUCGCUAUCCCAAGGAGUUCAACCAUGGCAUCUGGGGUGGUGAGCUCGUGGUGCAGGGCUUCGUGAAGCGCAAUCCGUACAAGCAACGAGUGCCGCACUUCUGGAUGCCGCGUCUGAGGCGAGUUGUACUGAAAUCCGAGGUCCUGAACAUGUUUAUGUCCGUCGUGGUGACGGAGAGGACAAUGGAUCUCGUGCACUCCAGCCACGGAUUCGAUCACUAUCUGCUGAAGACGCUGGCGUGCGAUCUGGGCUCGAAUCUCGCCGUGUCCAUCAAGCGAAAGAUUCUGCACGAGCUACAAGCGGGCUGUCCCAGUCACGAGGCGGAUCCCAAGCGACAGCAGGAAGUACUGGACGAGUACUCGCGCUACCUGGAGCAGUACACGCCGGAGGAGAUCGAGUGGUACGGCCUGACGUUCAGCCAGGCGCUGGGGAAGCUGCACAAGUCCAUCGCCGAAGCGAAUCCUAUUGUGCCCCACAAAGUCCUCUUCCGCGCCAGGCUGAUCGAGCAACUCCGCGAGGUGCAGAAUAAGAUCGCCGAGAAGGAAGAAACACCGGCAUCUCAUUUUGAGUCGACUUCCUGGCUCACGAAAGUCAAUCCGUUCGGGAAGAAGCGGGAAACUUAGGAUUGUCCCAGGGAAUUUAGACUGUGUUUAUUGGUUUUGCUUAGUAAAUAAAUCAACGGAAUCACA